AUAGCAUGCGCACUUCAUUUAUCUUAACCAUGGCAUCAGCCAUAUUUUUAACGUCGUUUCUUAUAUAUCUACACACAUAUAUCUGCUAUGGACAACAAAACUUUUUCAAUCACCACAACUUCAAGAAACAGAAUGGCGUAUCUGGCCUGCAGACGAAUAAGUCCAUAUAUCCAAAUAAUGAUGGAAAACCGAAACUUCAACAGUUGCUGAACUCGCAAAAUCAGCAGGAGAACUUCGAAUCUAUGCAACCCAUGACGCAAUUACAGCCUCUGCCACAAACUGUUAAUCAGAACACACCAGCUUAUCCAGUAACGUGUAAUCACGCUCCUGGAUCUAUGGAUAUACCUCAGCAAGCGGUUCCAAAUUAUAGCCAGCAAGUCUCUAGACCCACACCGUUGUAUCAACAGCCCCAAUUUCCUGUUCAACAACGACCUGCCGCUCAACCAAUUCAACAUUACAAUCCACCAAUCCAGAAUUACAUGGCGUCAGCCAUUGUCAUGGAAACACCACAAUUCCCACCAUCUUCCGUGAGACCAAUCUACGGGUAUGAUGGUUUUCAAAACGGUGCUGUCUCAUACCCUCAGUACGUCCCAAUGAUACCACCUUACCCAAGUUAUCCAGUCAAUACAGUUAUAGCCGACCAAGGAUCACAGUCAUCCAGUCUUAAAACACUUCUACCAAUCAUUCUUAAUUUAUUAAAGGAGAAAAGUAACUGUAAUUGCAGAUCGUGUGACUGUAAAUGUUCCAAAAGCACUAGUGGAUAUUGCAGGAAAUAUCCUCUCAGUGAUGAUGGACCGGAGAUAGAAUUGUCAGAAGAGAUAGAAACUGUUAGACAUGUCAGAGAACCAAAGAAGGCUGGGAAAUUGAAGAAUGUCAUCCCCGAUAGUGCAGAAGUUGGUGAAUCAUUAGAAUCUCGUGAAGAACACGAGGGAGAGUAAUUUAAUUUAACUGUUUUAAUUAAUAAAUUAUUGUUUUGCAACAUUAAAUAUUAUUUAUUUGAUCA